AUGGAGGGUAGCAACGGCGCCAGUCGCCCUGCAUGGGCGCCAAAGAAGGGCUGGUCCACCUCUUCGCCCUCCACUGCAUCCUCUUCGCGGGACCCGACUCCCUCGUCGUCUUCAGCAUUCCCGCCGCUCUCGACACCACAGUCACGGCGUAGCUCAGCACGGCCCAGUCCGUCGCCCUCGUUCAGCUCCGACUCGUCACUCAUCUCGAGUUCCACCUUCAACCCCUACCCAACACGCCGGCAGGAACUGGCCCAACGCGCCGCAAGCCACGGCACACGCAAGCGCUCCCACAUCACCCGCAGCGAUCCGGUCACCUCUCGCAUUCACUCCAUUCUCGAUUAUGACCAGGAUGACGAUACCAUCAUGCACGACGCAUACGACGCCGAGGAUGCAGACGAGGGCGAAGUCUCGUCGCGUGGAGCGACCAUGUCCUCGAUCGUAUUUCGCGAUCUGUCCACUUCAGCUUCCACCAGCCGAUCCAGCUCGCCAUGGCAGCAAGGCGGACUCAGCCCAGGACUGGCCAUGUUCGCCACGACUUCGUUCGGUGGAGAGCCACUGAGGGUGCUGGCGAACGUAGACGAGGAGUUGGGUGCGGCGCAUAUGGGCCCGAGAAUCUACAAAAGGCACAAUCAGAAGCAUGUCCGCAACAGGUUCAGGGCAAAGAUGGAGGCGGGAUUCAUCAAUGAGCAAGAAGACGUUUCGAAGGCCUCGACACAGGGACAGAGCGCGGCUGGCCGAACACUGGGGACUGGCACAGAUGAGGAUGCUGCAUUGACAGAAGAAGACAAGGAGAGGUUGCGGCGGGUCGACUUGCAGAAGCUAGUGAACGAGUGCAGACGGUCGCACGCGCUCGUAUCGAUCCGAAGCCGGACUGAUUCGACAGACGAUCUUUCACCGAAGUAUGCCGACCCGCAACCGCUAUUGACGUUGCUCAGCGCGAUCCGGGUGCGAAUCGCAGAGCCUCAAACAUGGAUACACUCUCGACCUCAUCCUGUGCUCUCGGACGAUCUCCUACCAGUCGGGCUUGAACCGGAACGACUCAUCGAUUUCUCGGUCCUGCCACCGCAUCUGCUCGUUCGAGUGCGCCAAUCAGUGCUUCAAGGACUGCACCAAUUGGUCGCGAAAGUUGUGGAUGCUGCACGCCAGGACCUGAUCUCGACGCUCGCCACCCUGCUCUCAUUUCGACCAAUACGUCCAACCAGUACGAGCAAUCCCGACCUCAAGCCCGCCCUUGAGCAGAUCUUUCUCGAUAUCCUCGACGCCUUCACCCGCCUACCCGACCACAUCUCCUCACCCGCCGAGCUGCUCGCCGAGGUCCUCGCUUCGAUCGACAACACGCACGCUGACCCGCUCGUCGACCUCGUAGGCGAGCUCGUCGGUCUAUGUGGCCAGCAGAUGUCAUCAAACCCAACCAUCCUCACCGAAACCCAAGACCGCACCCUUGUCUCCGCCUCCUCCUUCCUCUCGCUCUGCUUCACACUCAACUCCUCCCGUCCGGCAUCCACCCGCUUGCCAACCCACGCGUUCUACUGCACAGUGCUCGACCUCGCCCCCUUUCUCGAGCACUUUGUGCACCAUGCCGCCUCGCUCGUUCGCACCACAUCCGCCUCGGGUCUGGCGCAGUUCAACAUCUGUCGUUCGCCAUUCCUCCUCUCGCUCGGCGCCAAGGUGCGCGCUCUUCAGCUGGAAAACGAGCUGCGGCUCAGUCGGGCGCCGCGACAAUCGCAGGUCCAGCGGUUCGAGGAGGGCGGAACGGAGGCAGAGCUGGUGGUGCUGCCGACAAGUCUCAGUCUCAAAGUCGAGAGGCACGCUGCGUGGGAGCAGAGCAAGGCGCUGUUUCUGCAGUUGCUCGAAUCGGGUGCGACGGUGCGUGGGCUGAGGGUGGUCUUUGCGGGUGAACAGGCUGCGGACGGCGGCGGACCCGCGAGGGAGUGGUUUGCUAGCGUAGCGUCGAGCUGGUCGGGUGUAGACAAAGUCGUUGGACCGCACGGAUGGUUCAUCGCGUCUGCGGUGGAGGACGAAGAUCAGGUUGAGGAGACAGCUGCGUUCCUCGGCAUGCUGCUGGCACUCGCGGCACUGCAUACGACAAAGGUAGCGCUGUCGUUCACGCUGCCAGCUGUAGCAUUCAAGAUCGCGACGGCGCCCAAGCUGGACGAGCUGGUGCUGACACCGGUCGAUUUGGAGUUUGCCGAUGCUGCGCUGGCAAAGUCGCUGCAGUCAGUCUUGGAUUGGAAGCCUUCUUCCUCAGCUAGUGGUGAUGUCGACAGGCUUUUCGAUAGCACCUUCUCACUCACCUGGAGCACGAGCAUUCGAACCGCCGAUGGCGAGAUCAAGACGAUCGACCUGGUGCCCGGUGGCCGACAUCGCAGCGUCAAGGUCGGCGAAAGGCGGCAAUUCGUUUCGAAGCUCGUCUGGCGAGUGCUUGUCGGGUCGGUCAGCAGGCAAGUGACGGCGUUCAGAGACGCUUGGCAGUCGAUCAUGCCUUCCAGCUGGCUUAGUCACAACAACGACCCGAAGAAGCACGGCACAGGCAUCACUGUCGAGUCGGCAACAGACAUUCUCAGCAAAGGCGGUCUAGCAGCCUCCCUCUUCAGCCCUGAGGAACUGGCUCAAGCGCUCCUCUCGCUGCCCACCGCGUCGUCUCUGUCUGCGCUCUCGCAGCCGCUCGACAUAUCAGAUCUGCGAGCCGCGACGGAGGUCAUUGUUCCCUCGUCACUACCACCGACCCAAGUGGUCGACUGGUUCUGGAGCACCUGGUCCGAUCUCAGUCCUCUCCACCAGCGCCGGUUGCUCGCCUUCAUCACGGGUGCGCAGGACCUCCCCGCUUCCGGCGCACGAGGCAUCGGCUUACGCAUCCACCUCGUCGCUACCGACGCAGUGUCAGACUUCCGCUCUUGGCCACUCCCCUGGUCGUCCACGUGCACAUCGACUCUCUUCCUCCCCACCUACCCGACCCAUUCGCUCCUGGCGGACAAAGUACGCAUCGCUAUCGAGCACUACCAAGGUUUCGGUUUGCGCUGA